GCGUCGAAAUUGUGGUACUAGGCCCAUACACUUGGGCCUGCUUGGGCCGAAAUCCGUCGACAUAUGUACGAAGGGUUUCUGCAUCGGGCUUCUGAAUUCUUUACAGAUGUUUAGUUUAAAGAGAUGCGAAAAUUAUUAACAUAACCGAGUUAUUUUAAGUGCUCGCAAUGGAAGAUAUUAACGAUAAGUUUUUUUAUGUUUAUAGUUCCUCCCUUGAAACAAGAAUACAGAUAAAAAUAGGAACUUUAGAAGGCAAGAGACAGCGACCUGAGUAUGAUAAAUUCUUACUCAAUCCUAUGCUCAAAUACAGCGGUCUGUAUGGAGCUGGUAAUGGUCGUGGAGACUUAGCUGCAUCGUUACAAGUAUGGGCUGGUGGCAGACCGCUUGCCUUACCAGUAUAUACGGCAUAUAAACAUUUCACUUCACGAUGGAACUGGAACCAGUGGGUCACAUUACCGAUAUCUUAUUCAGAUUUACCUCGCGAUGCUCAACUCUGCGUGACUCUGUAUGAUUGUGCAGGACCAGGCAGACAACUAUCAGUGGGCGGAACAACGAUAUCACUUUUUGGAAAACAUGGGGUAUUUCGUCAGGGGAUGUUAGAUUUAAGAGUAUGGCCUGGGGUGGAAGCCGAUGGAAACAACCCGACAAUUACACCAGGCAAAGCUAGAGAUGAUGGAAAGGAACAAAUGCAACGUUUAUCUAAACUUGUUAAAAAACACAGGAAUGGGCAGAUGAAUAAAGUUGACUGGUUAGACAGAUUGACUUUUCGAGAGAUAGAACUAAUCAAUGAACGCGAGAAAAGGACAUCUGAGUACUUAUAUUUGAUGCUAGAGUUUCCAGAAGUUACAAUGGAUGGUAUUUCAUAUUCAAUCGUGUAUUAUGAAAAGGAUGGAGAUGAAGUCGUUCAGCAUAGGUCACAACCUGACGUGGUUACACUUCCUGAUUAUGAAAUUUUGCAGGAAAACCUGGUUGAAGCAAAACAUCACAAAUUGGCUCGUAGUUUACGCAGUGGUGGAAAUACUAGAGAACUAAAACCCACGUCAAGUGUUCGUGAUGCUUUAAAUACAAUUUUAGCUUAUCCUCCAACCACAGCCCUGUCUACUGAAGAACAGGACUUAAUUUGGAAAUUUCGAUUUUACCUUUCGAAUCAAAAAAAAGCUCUGACUAAAUUUGUUAAAUGUGUCAAUUGGAAAGUUGCUGGAGAAGAACGACAAGCAUUGGAAAUGUUAUCCUUGUGGGCUCCUCCAGAUCCAGAAGAUGCCUUGGAAUUACUGGGACCUGCGUUUACUCAUCCAGCUGUGAGGAGAUAUGCUAUUGGUCGCCUCAAUCAAGCUCCAGAUGAUGAUCUUAUGCUGUACUUGCUACAACUCGUACAGGCAUUAAAAUAUGAGGAUUUCGAAGGUAUAAAAAAUUCCAAUCAGAUAUUAUUCAAAGAUUAUGAGAAAAACGAAAGGUUGGAAAAAGAUGUUAGGAGCAGUGAUCGAUCGUCUUCCAUGCCAAUAACCAUGUCAAACGAAUUGGUCGCUGGACAAUUAUCGUGUAGCCAGGAUAUUCCGAUGGAUCUGGCAUCCUUUCUGAUAACUCGGGCUUGUCAGAAUUCAACAUUAGCGAAUUAUUUUUAUUGGUAUCUUUCAAUCGAAUGCGAAGAUCAAGUGGAUCCUGCAAUUACUGCUAAGCAAGACACUCGUAUCCGAGAAAUGUAUUUAACGGUAAUGGCAACGUUCUCUACAACUCUGUCGCACGGAAAUGUUGUUUGGCAAAAAAGAAGAGCUUUCCUUAAAAGACAGAAACUUUUCAUUGAACAGUUAGUAUCACUUGUCAAAGCAGUCGCUAGAGAGAGUGGAAACAGAAAAAGAAAAACCGAUAGACUGAGAGCUCUUUUAGCAGAGCCUGAUCCUUUGUUUAAAAUCAACUUUUCCAAUUUCGAACCUAUACCAUUUCCAUUGGAUCCGGAAAUCUGUAUUAAGGGUAUCAUUCCAGAAAAGGCUAGCCUAUUCAAGUCUGCUCUUAUGCCAUCUAAGUUAACAUUUUUGACAACAGAAAAUACAGAGUAUAUUGCAAUAUUUAAACACGGAGAUGAUCUUAGACAAGAUCAACUCAUUUUACAAACAAUAGCUUUAAUGGAUAAGUUGUUGAGACGAGAAAACUUGGAUUUAAAACUUACACCUUAUAGGGUACUUGCAACUAGUACACGACACGGAUUUUUACAGUUUAUAGAGUCUACUACUGUUGCAGAAGUCUUAGCUAGUGAAGGAUCGAUACUAAGUUUCUUUAGAAAGCACCAUCCUUUAGAAACAGGACCUUAUGGAGUAGCGCCAGAUGUUAUGGAUACGUAUGUACGAAGUUGCGCCGGUUACUGCAUAAUUACAUACGUACUGGGAGUGGGGGACAGGCACUUGGAUAAUUUGCUACUUACAACAUCUGGAAAACUGUUUCAUAUAGAUUUUGGAUACAUAUUAGGUAGAGAUCCAAAGCCUUUGCCACCGCCAAUGAAAUUAAGCAAGGAAAUGGUAGAAGCUAUGGGUGGAGUAGGAUCAGAACACUAUCAUGAAUUCAGGAAACAGUGUUACACAGCAUUUUUACAUCUUCGAAGGCACGCAAACCUGAUGCUAAAUUUGUUUUCCCUAAUGGUUGAUGCAAGUGUACCAGAUAUCGCUCUUGAGCCAGACAAAGCGGUUAAAAAAGUACAGGACAAACUGCGAUUGGAUUUAAGUGACGAAGAAGCUGUGCAUUACGUCCAGAAUUUGUUAGACUUGUCAGUGACAGCUGUUAUGGCAGCGUUGGUGGAGCAACUACAUAAAUUUGCACAGUAUUGGCGCAAGUGAACAAACAAAUUUCAAAGACUGUGUUCCUCUAGCAAAGAUUGUACAUUCACUGUAUAUAAGUAACCACAUGUAACAACUAUAACAUAAUUUAUUGUAUUUUAGGAUUAUUUUAAAUAACUGUUUGAUAAAAAAGGAUCUUCAUAUGUUGUGUAUUUUUUACCUUGUUAUUGAGCAUAACACAAGUUGUUGGAAAUGUUUUUGUUCAAAUCGUUUAACCAGUUAUCGCCUUAGUUAUUUAUAAUUAAUUGUUGAAAGGAAAGGUAUACAACAAGGGCCGAAAUGAACUGUUGAACAUCGUCGUUUCCGUUGAAUAAGGUUUAUUAAAAUCGCCUAUCCUAAAGAUCAGAAAGAGAACGAAAAACGUAUGUCCAUUGUACAUAUUAAUCUGUUACGUAAAUAGUCGUAUAUUUAUUUUACCUCAUAGUUACAAUGGUGUAUGUGGUGCACACUGUAGAAAUUAAAAAGUAAUAUUGUUA